UCACACUGGCAGGGAGAGUCCCAUUUGCAACACUUGUGCGGCAUUGAAAUUGUCCUUCUGCAAAAAAACAAAACACCACACAAUUGGCAAGAAGCUCAUUUGUAGGGCCUGCAGAAGGGACUAGAGCUGGCAAAAUAUCACUGCAAAUCUUUUUAGCGGCUUCCCUGUCAGAAAGUGCCUCGUGGGAUUCCCUUCUGCCUUUCAAAGCGUGUCUAGAUGAUGAGAGGGCGAAUGGGGAGUUUAGCUGGAAGUUCUUCAGACAAGACCCUCUGCAGCCUGGUCGUCAUUCUUGUGGGCUUGUUCCUUCUCUCAGAAACUGCUUCCCUGAAAGGGAAGCAACUGGUCCUGUCUGGACAGACAGAGAAAUACCCUUCCUUGGCCGGCCGCAUUGCCCACGACUUGCACAUCUUUACCGUGUGCAUCUAUCUGAGCAAGACUAAUAGAAGUGUGGGUACUUGGGCGGCCUUUUCUUAUGACAUCAGCAGUUCCUCCAGGGACCCCAAAGAUGCGGAGCUGGCUUUGUUUGCCAGUAACGAUACCCUGCAAAUGUCCCUUUUCGGCACCCUGGUUGAUUUGGGGAAAGAUGUCGUGGCCCCCAAGAUGCGCCAGAUGUGCUGUGUGUGGGACGGGUACAAGAGCUUGCUCGAGGUCUUCCAUGACGGGGGCAGGAUGAAGAGCGAAGAUCUCCCUCUGCUCAAGCGCAAGCACCUGAAGCCUAAUGGGACUUUCAGGAUUGGGUGCCUCCACAAGAAGCAGGCUUCGCCCUUCCGCUUCGUGGGAACCUUGCACUACUUCCAAAUGUGGAGUUCCGUGAUAGAGGAGCAGCAAAUGAAGAAGUGCUUUUCUGGAGAUGUCAUUAGCUGGGAAGGCGAUUACUGGUCCUUGAACGGCGCAACACUUGAGUCCGACCAUCACCAAGAUUGCGGGUCACGUGACUUUAACCAUACAUCUUUAGCUCCACCACUGACAAGCAAAGCCCCUGACCCCUCAGUUACAGUGUCUCCUUCCAGGUCUGAUGAAGCCACACCCAAAGCAGAACCAACGGCAUCAACAGCUGUUCCUUCUAACUCUUAUGUGAAAAUACCAACCUCUGGCAGAGAUGGAACAACACAUCAACAGGAGUUGAUUGCAUCCACCACUCGACCCGAUGGAGCUACCCCGCAGGGCGUCCCAACUCAACCCACAUGGUACAUGCCAACUUCUCAGUAUGCUGAGACAGCUCCCAAAAGCACCUGGACUGUGCCCACCUCCAAACCUACCCAAGUUUCCUCAACUUCUAGAUACGAUGGGGCGACACAACAGGCUUCUGAAACAGUAUCUGUUCUUCCUUUUACCAAUACAAAGCUUAUCACUGAAUCGAAAGCAUCAACCAUCGAUAUAAAUGCCAAGACCACGCCGCAGACUUUUUGGUCUACACCAACACCCACAGGAACCAUGCCAGUUUCAGUAACGUUCUAUAACAUCCAGAUGAACUUCUCUGUGUUCUCCGAUCCUCCAGAGACAUUUGAUUACUAUGAUGUUAAGAAGCUCUCAACAAACUGGUUAAUGGGAGUUAUACAGUUAUUCCAUGAUCCUGAAUUUGUUGUUACAAACCAUAACAUCAAGGCAAAUGCUCGGAGGGAGCGCAUGAAAACUGGGAGAGAUGAAAAGCUGGCUCCUGAAAGCUUUUCCUCAAAGUCUGUCGUCAAGGCCACAUCUCACCAACCCAGAGAAAACAUCAGGAAAAUGUUACAGGAUACUUUGAGUGGCAGUCAUACUGAGAAGCCUCUUUCCAUGGAAUCUAAAGAUGUCGCUGUUGUUCACUUUGACCCAAAGACGUGCUCUCAGCACACACCACCAUCCAAAUACAAGGGGACCUACGAGUGGCUGGAGACAGCUCCUGCCACUGUGGCAUCUCAGUCCUGCAAGAUGAAUGGAGACCAGCUUGCUAGCAGAGCGUGCUUGAUUAAUAUCAACACGGGAAAUGCUUAUUGGAGGAGACAAGACCUGACUCUGUGCCAGCUGGUGCAAAAGCUACCUGAUAAUAUUAUGGAACUGAAAAACAUGACCAUCACAGUGGAAAACGCCGAGGAAGUGGCAGAUCACAUUUUGAUUCUGCUGAAUUCUACUAAGCUGAGUAAGGAAAAAAUCGAGGUCCUUGUGAGCAAGCUCACUGAUAUUGCCAACUGUGAGGAGAUCAGUGAGGCGCUGGCGAGGAAAGCCUUACAAAUAAUAGAUAUCAUUCUGACACAGGCUACCAAUGCCCAGGGCUUGCGAGGACACAUCAACAGCAUCCUACAGGUACUGGAACAAAUAGGUUUCAAGCUGAAAUUCAGUGGGAGAAGUGAGUCCAUCGUUCUCCCGCGGCUGGCUUUGGCUCUGUUGCGCCCAGAUCCCAUGAAUUUCCAGGGAGUUGCUUUUGGGGUCACAUCCUAUGACUCUGCAAUGGAUCCACAGAUUGAUAUCCGCCAGGCACCCUUUGAAAUGGCCCUGGCAUCCAUAUUUUUGCCAGAACUGCUGAGGCAUUACUUGGGGGCCCAAUCCUUUGAGCCAGAAGAUCACACAAAGAUCCAGUUUUCUUUUUUCGGAACAACUUCGCCGUUUCAGGAAAAGAAUAAAAAUCUGAUCACCUAUGUUGUGGGCGCCAGUGUUGAAAAUGUGUCUGUUCAAAACCUCUCGGAGCCAGUGAAUAUAAUUCUACAACAUAUAAACUCAACGACGGGUGAUGAGUCUGUGCACUGUGUAUUUUGGAACUUUAAGAAGAACGAUAACCAAGGAGGCUGGGAUACAUCAGGGUGUGAGGUACAACGCACAAAUUCAAAUUACACAAUCUGCAACUGCAGCCACCUCACCCAUUUUGGAGUCUUGCUGGAUGUAUACCGGACGGUACGUGAGGACAAGGUUUUAACAUUGGUCUCCCACGUGGGAUGUGGCCUUUCCUCCAUCUUCCUCGGCUUGGCUCUAGUGGUGUACCUUUCCAUCGACAAGCUCCGCGGGGACGACCCGUCCAGAAUCCUCGUCCACCUCUGCUCCGCGCUGCUGAUGCUCAACCUCGCCUUCCUGCUGGACUCCUGGCUGGCCUCUUUCCAGGUGCGCGGCCUCUGCAUCACGGUGUCCGUGGCUCUUCACUACUUCCUGCUGGCUGCCUUCACCUGGAUGGGCCUGGAAGCCAUCCACAUGUACUAUGCGCUGGUCAGGGUCUUCAACACUUACGUCCCGCAUUACAUGCUCAAGGUUUCCCUGGCUGGCUGGGGAAUUCCAGCGGUCAUCGUUUCCACGGUUCUCAUUAUAAGCACAGACUUUUAUGGGGUUUUAAGCGACCCCCUAAGCAGCAGUCCAAUCACACCUUUUUGCUGGAUCCGCGAUGACCUUGUGUUUUACAUCUCUGUGCUGGCCUAUUUCUGCUUGGUGUUCCUGAUGAACACCGUCAUGUUCAUCGCGGUCCUUCUGCAGAUUCACACCAUGAAAACGAAGAGCCCGGGCCGCGUCAGCAACUGGAAUCACAGCUUCCUCCACGGCUUGAAGCGGGUAGCCAGCUUAAUGGUUCUGCUCAGCUUAACGUGGAGUUUUGCCUUUUUCUCUGUGGGGCCCACACAGACAUUGUUCUCCUACCUCUUUGCCAUUUGCAACACCUUCCAAGGAUUCUUCAUUUUCGUGUUUCACUGUCUCAUGAAGGAGAACGUGAGGAAGCAAUGCCGAGUGCAUUUCUGCUUGGGAAAGUUUCGGCUCAGCUAUUCUGAUUGGAGCAGCUCUGCCACAACUCUGGGAUAUCACCAUCACUCGCAGAACACAUCACCCCAUUCUCUGAAGUCGCAGAGCUCUUGCACCGCCAGCUCCACAUCAAACGGUUCAGGAAGCUUACCUGGGGCUGCUCCUGAGACUGAUGAUGUUUUGCACAGCACCCGCCAUGCAUCCUUUACUCACCAGAAGGUCAAGCUUCCUCGCGUGAGAAGAAUGUCACCAAUGGAUGCAGAGCUUCACUGCACUCAGAAAACGAGUUUUUUGCCUUGAGGGCCUGUCUGGUUCUUCCUGGGUCUCCGGCUGCCCAGUCUGCUCUUUACAGUCAUGACAAAUCAAUGGUCGGCUGAAGAUCUUCUUUCAGCCUCUCCUUCCACCCUUCUCAAAGUAUUCUGAGCCAGUUCAAUAAGUUAGUUUCAGUUAAGGAUUUUGAAAAGCCUACCAGCUGAGCAGGCAAAGCUCUCAACCUAUGCCCCAUGAAGACGAAAGUUUGGACAGACCAAUGGUUGCAAACAUAAAUGAGAAAUAAGUGAAGGAUUAACAUCGGAAUGGUUUACUGACUAAUUAAGAAAUGCAAUGUGAUAUUAGAUUAUUAGCACUCCGCGAAAUUCAGAGCAUGGGAAGUCACCCAAAGAUAUAUAAUUUGGCAAUAUAUUUGGCUUUUUUAUUGUAUUGUAAUUUUGAAUGUUACAAUGUGUUUCUUAUUGGAUUAUUAAAUUGGAAAACUCAAUAAAAUAUAAUA